AAGUUUGUGCUAGACACGACUACGACGGUUUGAUUAGAUAUGCUCUUGUAUCCAGGAUCGUGCUUAUGCAUCAAAGCUGCUUGCAAGCAUACCGCGACUCCUCUAAAUAUCAGUCGGUCAGCGAAACUGUCCCUCUCCUCAUCGAUUUAAGCUCAGUUCUAUCAUCAUUUGGUCAACGAAACUGUUCCUCAUCGAUUUAAGCUCAAUUAUACCAUCACGUCAGCGUGUUACUGUCACGAUCAUAUCUGAAGUAGAGUGGGGAUUUUGAAUACACGAGCACGCGGAAUGUUCUAUAAAACGAUGUCGGUUUGGAUCGUUAUUGUUUUGUGGUCAUUUCACGAGAAGGACAGCUUUGUACUCGCUUCUGAUCGACCUAUAGUAGGCGUGGUGUCACUUGAGCUUACGGGUAUCCUGAAAACCAAGUUUCCCCUCCAUGACGCGUAUAUUGCCGCAUCCUACGUGAAAGCCAUCGAAAGCUCUGGAGGACGAGUUGUGCCCGUUAAAAUCGGACAGAGCGAGGAGUAUUACAGGAGGAUGUUCAAUUCUAUAAAUGGAUUGCUGAUACCAGGAGGCAAUACUUUUUUUAACGGCACGGACAAUUUCUUCACUGCCAGUAGGCUCCUCAUCCAGCUAGCAAUGCAGGCCAACGAUCGUAUGCAUUUUCCGAUUUUAGCAAUUUGUUUGGGAUUUGAGCUUCUGGUGCAUCUUGCUAAUAACGAACAAGAAAUUCGCAAGCGAUGCGAUGGUUUGAUAGAUGUGAAUGUUCCUCUGCAUUUCACGAAAAAAUCUAAAAGCUCCUCUCUCUUCCGAAAUGCGCCCAGACGGAUUACAAGUACCCUUAGAAGCAACGUACCAUAUAAUUAUCACAUAUGGUGUAUUUACUCGGAGGACUUCAAGAACUCUCAAAGUAAUGUUGACUGGAAGAUCCUCACUACUAGUUUCGACCAAUUACGGUCUCCGUUCGUAUCCACUAUAGAGCACAAGAAGUUUCCGAUCGUGGGUGUCCAGUUUCAUCCCGAGAAGCACGCUUAUGAGUGGAGAGAGAACAAACACUAUCUCCAUACUCCAGAGGCAAUUGAAGCCGGAAGAUAUUUUUUUAAUUGGCUCGUCGAGCAAUCCAAAUUGAACGAUCAGUCUUUUGUUUCGUAUCAUGAUGAGUUGCGAUCACUAAUUUUUAACUACCAUCCAACUUUUUCAGGGGCAUACAAUUUGAGCUACACGGAGAUGUACUUGUUCAAGACGGAGGGUUCAGGGGAAGUGCCACCAUAUUUUUUGACUCCCUAAUUAAACUAAAAUAGGCUUCGACUAUCUAUUGCUACUAUCAUUAUAGUUCAAACGUCUUUCUAGUCAUCCCUGUUUUAGAUGUGUAGACUUUAUAUCAUUAUCAAAAACUCAAGCAUUCUUCUUUUUAAAAAAAUAACCAAUACCUGACGCAGAGAGGUUUUUUUUAUCCUUGGUAAUUAGUUUCUUUUUGGUCGCAUACGUUUUUUUGGCACUUCCUCCUAUUCAAAAAUAUGUGCACGGGGUUCGUUCCUCAGGAGAGUGUACUGAGACCACUGGUCCAGUAACAUCUAUCCACUUGCGUAUGCGUAUACCAGUCAAGUCAAUCCAGGUACUGACUUGGGAACGUAUGCAGACAGACCUGAAAGACCUGAGGUGGCACCGUCUUGUAAUCUCUAAAAGGAUGGUUGGUCGGAAGCCAGUCUUCCUAGGCACAAAACUGAAGCUAUAACACCUUGUGAUUGAUCCAGAUAUCUGGGUACAACUCUCGAUAAAAAGCUCAAGUAAGGGGCUCACAUAAAGUCUGAGGCUCUGAGCUAAAGAAAUUAAAGCAAAAUGUGAAAAAAAAAUGUACUUGCUAAUUGGACGUCAAUCUUUACUCUCAGUUGACAAUAAGAUCUGUUUUAUAAAUGGAUGUUUAGACUUUUUUGGAGCUAUGCCAGCAUGUUUUGGGGAUGUGCG